CCGCUUUUCUUUUUCCAUUUUCCUUUUUAUAUAUAUAUAUCUCCACAUUAUAUAAUAUGCUUUUUUAUUCUUUUUUCAAAACCUUAGUGGAUCAACAAGUGACAGUGGAAUUGAAGAAUGAUCUUGCUAUCACAGGUAUUCUAAAAUCAGUGGAUCAAUUUCUCAAUAUCAAAUUAGACGAUAUCACUGUAGUUGAUGCUGAACGUUAUCCUCACAUGAUUUCGGUCAAAAAUUGUUUUAUUCGUGGUUCUGUUGUACGAUAUGUUCAAUUACCUUCACAAGCUGUAGAUACUGCUUUACUUCAAGAUGCUGCUAGACGUGAAGCUGCUCAACCUACAACACCUCAACAAGCCAAUGUACGCGUGAAAUAAAACUUUUAUAUUUUUAAUACUUCCUUUAGCAAUAUGAACGAACCUUUGUAUUUUGAUAGUUAUAUAUUACAUUCAUUUCAAUUUUUUUUUUUCAAUAAAGAAAAUGUUUAACAUA